AUGGCAAUUGAAGUUUUGUCUGGGAUUUCAAGCCCCAGGAUCUCGUUUUCCAAUGAUCUCGACCAAAACGACGACGUGGGUUCCAUCGAAGAAUGCCGGCAUUGGAGAUUAGACACGACGCUGUUGAAUUCGUCGUCGGAUUUCGACUUCUGCUUCGAGAAGUACAGUUUUGUUCAAGAGCUGCCGUCGGCGGAUGAGCUCUUUUCCAAUGGCAAGAUUCUUCCGAUCGAAAUCAAGCGAAAACCCGCCGUCCCAAAACAAGCUCAUCGUCGACCGGAGCCUGUUUCGGUCUGUGUUGAUUCUCCUCGGCGUCGGACGAUUACAACGGAGAGCUCCGGGACGAAAAUUAGACUGAAAGAGUUUUUAUCGAUGAGCAUCGACGCAGACGACAAGCCUGCAUCGAAAUCGUUCUGGCAGUUCAAGAGAAGCAGCAGCCUGAACUGCGAGAGCAGCCGAAGCAAGAGCCUAAUCCGCUCACUCCAAUUCCUCACGCGCAGCAAUUCAACCGGUUCGACUCCGAUUCCAAAAGAAACCCAGAAACACACUCUCCUCAAGCAGCCAUCUUUGUCGAGAAAAUCGUCGGUAUCGUCGAGUUCGUCUUCCGGUACGUAUUACAGUUACGGUAAUCCGACGCAGAAGCCGAGUUGUGGAGCACACGGGACGACCGGUGUUCGAGUCAGUCCGGUUUUGAAUCUACCGCAUCCGAUCAUCUCGAAUGUGACCGUCGGCUUCUUCGGGUUCGGUUCUCUCUUCUGUAAUGGUAAGGUUAAAAAGAAGAAAAGAUGA